UGACAAGUGCCCGUGUGGCGUGUCACGUGUGCUGGUAGCUUCUUUCUUUCUCUUCCAUUUUGAUAUUUCCCAAUUGAUCGAAAGAUUAAACCCAGAACCUCUUUUGCUUCUCGAUCAUCUCAACGUCACUUGUAACUUUUACUAUUUUAGGUGAAAGCAGUUGAAGAAGAAGACAACCAUGGCAGCAAAGCAGGCAUUUCGAUACAUGUCUCGAAGGCUCUCAAGCAGUGGAAAAAUACUAAGCGAGGAGGAAAAAGCUGCAGAGAAUGUCUACAUCAAGAAAACUGAGAAAGAGAAGUUGGAAAAGCUUGCACGCAAGGCCCAAGCGGAUGCCACAUCAGCAACCUCCGGUGGUGGUGGUGGUGAAGCAAAAGGAAGUGGGCCCGCCAUUGGAGUAUCAGAAGACAAGAACAGGAACUAUGCGGUUAUAGCUGGUGUUGUGACAGCUGUCGGAGCACUUGGAUGGUACCUUAAGUCAAAGAACAAGAAAUCUGAGGAUCUCCAUGACUGAAUACUUUAAGUCAAAAAAUGGGAGAGGUUUAGUUGAAAUUGUAUCUUUUUCAUGUUCCUCUUUGAUCUUGUGUCUAAUGUCUGAAUGGUUUAAGAUGAUAAAUAACUGAAUAAGAGUUUUACUUGUUUGUAUGGAGGUAUAUUUGUGAUGAUAAAUUGGUUUUGGAUUUGGUUCAAGCAUUUUAUCAAGCAGUUGGUGUUGGUUUAUGUUAAAUAACUAAAUAAGCAGAUGACAAAUAACUAAAACAUUUUUUUUUUUGGUAUAUAAGUAUCAUAUUGGGAUAAUAAAGUUGAAGACAUUAGC